ACGACCUCAUCUUCAAACUUGCCUACUUUGAGAUGAGCUAUCAGUUCUAUAGGAGAGAGAAGCUGAUGUGGACUGUGGUCCGACAUUACAGUGAACAGUUCCUGAAACAGAUGUAUGUGUUGGUGCUGGGUCUGGAUGUCUUGGGGAACCCAUUCGGCCUGAUCAGAGGCCUGUCUGAAGGAGUGGAGGCCUUCUUCUCCGAGCCCUUCCAGGGAGCGGUUCAGGGUCCUGAGGAGUUCGCUGAGGGCUUUGUGAUCGGAGUACGCAGUCUACUGGGGCACACUGUCGGUGGCGCUGCAGGCAUGGUGUCUCGUAUCACGGGGUCAGUGGGUAAAGGACUGGCUGCCAUCACCAUGGAUAAAGAGUACCAGCAAAAAAGACGAGAGGAAAUGAACAGACCUCCCAAAGACUUUGGAGAGAGUCUGGCCAAGGGAGGCAUGGGAUUCUUCAAGGGGGUCGUUGGUGGGGUAACGGGCAUCGUCACCAAACCUGUAGAAGGGGCCAAGAAGGAGGGAGCGGCAGGGUUCUUCAAGGGCAUAGGGAAGGGUCUAGUGGGCGUGGUGGCCAGGCCGACAGGGGGCAUCGUAGACAUGGCCUCCAGCACCUUCCAUGGAAUACAAAGAGGUAACGAAAGGGUGGCAGAGUCGACAGAGGAAGUGACCAAGCUGAGGCCGGUCAGACUGAUCCGAGAGGACGGAAUCAUCAGACCUUACGACCAGGAGGACGCCAAGGGUUAUGACCUAUUCCAGAGGUCAGAGAUCAAGCAGCUGGAAGGAGAGAUCUUCAGAGAACACUGUUUGUACCCUGGACACAAGAAGACCAACAUUAUUGUGACCAACAGGAGAGUGAUGUGUGUGAAGGAGAUAGAGUUUGUGGGACACUUCAACAAAGAGUGGGAGUGUCUGUUUGAGCAUUUCUCAAGGCCUCCACACGUGGAGGGAGGGGACCUGAACAUCUACUGCAAGGAACAGAACAAGCUGAAGAUCCAAAAGAGAGAUGGACAGGAACCAAUGAGAGUGCUGCACCUCAAGUACCCUGCCACUGCCCAGAAACUGUGUGAAGCCAUAGAGCAGGCUCAGUCGGCCCAGAGGCAGCAUCGAAUGGUGAAGCAAAAAUCACAGCGCUUUCUCCGACUGGGAGACAAGCGUUGACGUCAUCACUGCCCGGCAUGAAGUCACCACUGCCCAGCAUGAAGUCAUGAUUACACCAGAAUGAUGUCAUCGCUAGCCAGAAUGAUGUCACCACUGCCCAAAACAAUGUCAUGAUUACCCAGAAUGAUUUCAUGAUUACCCAGCCUGACGUAAUCGCUACUCAGUAUGUCUCCACCACCCAGAAUGAUGUCACCGCUGCCCAGCCCAACACACUGCUACAGUACCGGCCAGUCCAACUCACUGCUACAGUACCGGCCAGCCCAACUCACUGCUACAGUACCGCCCAGCCCAACACACUGCUACAGUACCGGCCAGCCCAACUCACUGCUACAGUACCGGCCAGCCCAACACACUGCUACAGUACCGGCCAGCCCAACUCACUGCUACAGUACCGGCCAGCCCAACUCACUGCUACAGUACCGGCCAGUCCAACUCACUGCUACAGUACCGCCCAGCCCAACUCACUGCUACAGUACCGGCCAGCCCAACUCACAUUUGCACUAAGGAAAAGCCAUGCGUUCGUUAGUGUUUACAGUCCUGUUUACUAAUGAAAGUCACUGCUGCCUUAUGAAAAAAAAUGUCUGAUUUUACUUAUAAAAUAAUGUUGAUAAUAUCUGCAUCAAUGAUAGGAAUGUUGUUGUUUUGGUUUCCACAAUUCCCUCCAGAAUCAAUGAUUGUAAUCAGAUAAGGGUGCAAUAGAAAUGAGAUGAAGGAUCUAUAAAAUGUGUUUUUUGUUUGUCUUUGCUUUCUUUGUAAUGUUUAGAAACGUCUGUUUGAUUUCUGGGGUAAACGAUAGAUGAUCUGACUGCUGUAUUAAUACAGAGGUGAUUAUAUGGACACUGGUAUUGAAAAGUCACUAUUCACUGUUUCUAUAGGUUUAUCUUGUUUUGAGGAAAAAAUGCACUUAACUCUUUAAAUUUUCCUGUUGAUGAACAAUCAUUUUAGCGACAUAAUCUUCAAUCUAUCUUGAAGGGGGUUAAUUUGUAAAGCGUUUAGUUUAUGUACAGUGAUGUACUGUAUGCGUCUACAGUACAGGCUACGGAUGCCAGUGAAGGCUAAAAUGACCAGUGGACUGACAACGAUGUAACGUUACUUUCCAUAUAUGUUGCUGUCAUCUAUACAUUAACAAUGUAUGAGCAUAUUAUGCCGUAAUGGACCCUACUAACCUUUUGGUGGACCAAAUAAAUAAUUGAAUCUCA